AUGGCCGAUCCAUCCUCGUCAUCUCCGCCCUCCGCACUUCCUCCCCGCAAUGCGCCAGCCCCAUCCAGUUCGUUCCGGCGCCGGGCCCUCCCCACUCGCGCUGCGACCUUUGUAGAAGGGUCCUCGACGCACUGGCCGCAACGCCGCAACUCAACUCUGUCAGAUUCGAUCUCGGAGGCGCGCCAUUCUAUUCGAUCGUCUACCGAUGACUUGUUCCUCCCCCGGGUUGGCAAGGAUAGAGAUGACUCCAUCGCCACGGAGGAGUCGCAUUGGCAGUCCGCGCCACUGGUACUGGCUCUCCUACCUGCGAUCGCGGGAAUUUUCUUUCGUGAUGGUAGCUUGUUUAUGACGGAUGUGACUUUGUUGGUACUGGCUGCGAUUUUCCUCAAUUGGUCGGUCCGAUUACCAUGGGACUGGUAUCGCUCAGCACAAGCUAUCCAGCGAGAGCACGAUGGUUUCAAUCCUGUUGCGGAAGAGCUCGCCGAGGCCAACGAGGAUGAAGAGGCUGUAGACUCGCACGGUGCCAGCCAACAACACCAAAAGCACCUGCGGGAAGCCGCCGAAGCCAAAGCCAUCAGAGAGCUCCAAAUACACGAGCUCGUCGCACUCGCUUCAUGCUUCAUCUUCCCGGUGAUCGGGACAUGGCUCCUGCACUCCAUCCGAUCCAGCUUAUCCCGGCCCUCAGAGGGUCUAGUUUCAAACUACAACCUCACCAUCUUCCUCCUCGCAUCCGAGGUGCGCCCUUUCGCCCACCUCCUCAAGCUCGGGCAAGCACGCACCCUCUACCUCCAACGCAUCGUAGCCUCCUCAACUUCCGACGAGGAAAUCAGUCCGGAAAAGGUCCAGGAUCUCAGCAGGCGCCUAGACGAACUAGAGGCGCACGUCGCCGAAGCCGCUGCCGCCCGUCUCGCUUCGUCGACCUCCAAAAACGGUCAAUCUUCCCCAUCUGAGGAUGCAGACGAUGCCCUAGACCUGAUUUCACAGGCUGUUGUUGAAUCCCGCCGAGUCCUCAGCCCGGACAUCGAAGCACUCAACCGCGCAGUCCGCCGAUACGAGAAGCGCACGGCACUUACAACAAUGCAAACAGACACCCGCUUCCAACAAGUCGAAGCUCAAGCCCGCGACGCAAUUGCCCUCGCUGCGGCCGCGCAGCGGUCUACUCUAAACCGUCGUCAGAGUUACGCCUUCAUUCUCAUAGACUGGGCCUGCGGAUGUAUCGUCGUUCCCGCGCAGCUCGCCCUGUCCGUCCUCAAUCUUCCGGGUCGCGUCGCAAGUCACUGCAUACUCGCUGCGCAACAGAUGUUCGGCCGUCGACGUCCCAGCCCACAGCCACGACCGAAGGGUGCUAAGGAUAAAUCAAGGGGUGCGGCUGGGUCAAAAAUCGGGCCACCAUCUACAACGACGAAACUGCCAGCGAAAUCACCGGCCAUUUCGCCCCUAGGAGGAUAUCAGCAGCAGCAGUCUUUUGAGUCUGUAUGGAGUGCAGCGCGCUAG